AUGGACUGCGGCAGCAUCCGUGGAAUUGCAGAUGAGGCAGAUGUCGGCAUCGCUGCCUUUGUGAACGAGAAGCUGAAGCCCAUUGGUGGGGCUUUGAAAAGUUUUCCGGAAGACUUCGUGGUCAAAGAGCUACCGCUUGAGUCAGAGUCUGGUGACGAGGAAGAAGAAGAAAAGCAGUUCCUGCGUUUUCGCCUAAAAAAGCGUGGCUUGGAUACAUUGGAGGCUGUGGACGCGUUGGCAUCUGCAUGCCACAUCCCCCCGCAUAGGUUUGGCUUUGCUGGGAUCAAGGAUUCCUUCGCAGUCACAACUCAAGAGCUGACCGUGCCACGAACGUUGAUCACGGAGGCCGGCCUGCGCAAAGCAGCAGCGAACCUUCCCGGUUUACGGGUGGGCCGUGUGCGACGCAGCCGUCGUCCUCUGGCACCCGGCCGCUUGAGAGGAAAUCGCUUCAUUCUCAGAGUUCGCGGCAUCCAGGCCGACACUAACGAGGUCAAGGAAGCCGUGGACUCCUUGGAGACGAGAGGCUUUAUCAAUUAUGUUGGAAUGCAGCGUUUUGGCAAAGGCGGUGUCCGAAGCGACCUCCUCGGAUUGGCAUACCUUCAGGGUGAUUUUGUGCGCUGUGUUGACAUUCUGUUGCGCCAGCACAGUGGUGAGAAGGGAAACGCCCGAAUGCCUAAGUGGGCGGAGGUCUACCAGCGAACCAACAGUGCAGAAGCAGCACUUCGAAAACUUCCUGAGGGGUGCUGGGCUGAACGGCGCCUCCUGCGUGCCUUGCGCCGGCGACAGGACAUUGAGGGGGGAACUGCCCUGCCAAAAUGGUCUGAAGAGGGGGCCACGUCAGCCCCAAAAAGGCGCAUGCGAUGGUGCGAUGUGGCUCGUGAAGCGUUUCUGGGGCUUCCCAGGACCAUUCGUGCCCUAUAUGCUCACUCUUACGUCGACAGACUCUGGAACAUGGGAGCCACGGAGCGCAAACAAAUGGGCUUGCAGUGCGUCGACGGUGACUGGAUCGAGGACUUGGCGCAUCCAGGAACUUACAGGCCUGUGCAGUUGGAAAUGGAGGCUUUGACGGCUUCUGUUUUCCAGCUGGUGCUGCCACGGCCUGGCGCAGGUAUGGCCUUGCCUGCACAUCGCGUGGGGCAGUUCAUGCGCAGCUACCUUGCUUACGAUGGUUUGGAGCCUGAAGAGCUGACCCUCGAGGCUCCGAAUGCGGACGAGCCCGUCCAUCUCACUGGCUGCAUGCGACGCGUCAUCGUUCGGCCAGAAAAGCUGAGUUGGUAUCUGGAGCCCAACCUUGGCGUUCCAGACACUGACUGGGCAGACCUGCCCGGGAAGGCUGUCAGCCGUGCAACAAACACCCGAACUCGUGCAAAGCACCUUGAUGGGUCAAAGUCGCUCGUGUUGGACUUCCACUUGGGGCCUGGGCAGUAUGCAACGAUGGCUAUGCGGGAGGUUAUGCGGCCACGGCCAUCCAAGGCACCACAACAUCACGUGUUCUUCAGUGACACCGAG